GCCAUUCCUGGCAUACCAAAAACACGAGAGUGACCGUCUUCGUAUUUACCCGUGGUGCAGUACCGCGCGUCGAUAUAACGCCGUGCGAAUUUUCCUCCCGUGAAAAUAAGGGCCGCCCUCGCGCUCGCGCGCGUGCCGCCACGUCACGCAGUUCAGCCAAGUGGUGUACCCACGUCGCCGUCAUCCUGACCUGCCCGAGAAAUCCUCAUGAAAGACUGGGAACUCAGUACUCAGAAUAGCAUCGGCAGUGCGGUGGCUGCAGCCGACACCAUUUCCGCGCCGUGGACCCCCGCGAGUUCCGGGCCGCCGCCCGACGCCAACGGCUCCGGCUCGGAUACGAAGAACCUCGACGUUGGCGAAAUUAGCGAUGAUGAGAAGGACUUGUCGGCAGCGGACGCGGAGGGCGUGUGGUCGCCGGAUAUCGAACAGAGCUUUCAAGAAGCUCUUACCAUAUAUCCGCCAUGUGGUCGACGCAAAAUCAUCCUUUCCGACGAAGGGAAGAUGUACGGUCGCAACGAGCUGAUCGCCCGUUAUAUCAAAUUGAGGACCGGUAAGACGAGAACGCGAAAACAAGUAUCCUCGCACAUACAGGUUCUCGCGAGAAGAAAACUUCGGGAAAUACAAGCAAAACUCAAAGUGGAUCAUGCCGCCAAGGAGAAGGCGCUCCAAACAAUGUCAAGCAUGUCAAGCGCCCAAAUAGUAUCAGCUGGAAGCGCGAUACACAACAAGAUGCCCCUCAUGGGCGGGACCCUUGCCCUUCAUGCUUCCACCCCUGUCUCCUAUCCCGGAGCGCAAUUUUGGCAGCCAGGCCUGCAACCUGGAACGUCCCAGGAUGUCAAACCCUUCCCUCAGCCUGCCUAUACCGGAAAACCGGCGACAGCGGUUUCGAGCGGUGAUUUGGUCCAAGCGCAGCCUGCACCACCAUGGGAAGGACGUGCUAUCGCGACUCACAAGCUCAGGCUUGUCGAGUUUUCGGCCUACAUGGAACAACAAAGAGAACAGGAGAUUUACCACAAACACUUGUUCGUCCAUAUAGGAGGUUCCGCGACAUACGCCGAUCCGCUAUUAGAAGCAGUCGACGUUAAACAGAUAUAUGACAAAUUCCCGGAAAAGAAGGGCGGUCUUAAAGAGCUUUACGAUAAAGGACCGCAAGCGGCUUUCUUCCUUGUUAAGUUUUGGGCUGAUCUCAAUAGUAACAUCCAAGACGAAAGUGGAGUAUUCUACGGCGUCACGAGCCAAUACGAGAGCAACGAGAACAUGACGAUAACGUGUUCGACGAAAGUAUGCUCCUUCGGAAAGCAGGUAGUAGAGAAGGUAGAAACGGAGUACGCCAGGUUUGAGAAUGGCAGGUUCGUUUACCGUAUUAGCCGUUCACCUAUGUGCGAAUAUAUGAUUAAUUUCAUCCACAAACUGAAGCACCUACCAGAAAAGUACAUGAUGAAUAGCGUUCUUGAAAAUUUCACCAUUCUUCAGGUUGUCACGAACAGGGAUACGCAGGAAACAUUAUUAUGUACGGCAUAUGUGUUCGAAGUAUCAACAUCUGAACAUGGUGCUCAGCAUCACAUAUACAGAUUGGUCCAAGACUAG